AUGCUCGGAGCUCUACGCAGAAGUACCGCCUCUCUCCCUCGAACACUACCCACCUCGACAUUAUCCCUCGGCACCUCUGCGCGUGUAUUCCAGUCGUCAGUAGCCCGACCAGUAUGCAGGCAGUCGAUAUUACGGCUUCCUGCCGCCAGCCGAGCUUUUCACCAGAGCGUUCAGUGGCAACAGCAUGCCGUACCGGCCGCUGAAAGAGCGGCCGUUGAGGCCGAAAUCGAACAGGAAGUGGGUGCAGAAAGACCGUCGUCAGACAUAGAGAUAGCAGCAUUGGGACCCGUCACGAAGUUUUACGAGCUUGAGACGCGGGGUCUCGUUCAUCCCAAUGUCGUCCGAACAAUUACCAAGGAGAUGCGCCUGGAGACGAUGACCGAAGUCCAAUCAAGGACAAUCAACGAGGCACUGAAGGGCGUCGAUGUAAUCGCGCAGGCGAAAACGGGCACAGGCAAGACCAUGGCUUUCCUCCUUCCCGUACUUCAGAGAAUCAUCAACGAUGACCCGUCCCUCGCUGAGAGGGGCUUCACUGGACGUCGCAAUCGGCCGAGCGCUGCAGACACUCGUGCUUUGAUCAUCUCGCCAACCCGAGAGCUCGCCGAGCAGAUCGCAGCAGAAGCUCGUAGGCUUACCCGCAACACUGGCGUGGUGGUGCAAACAGCCGUCGGAGGAACUCAGAAGACCAUGGGGCUGCGCAUGAUGCAGAACCAGGGCGUCCAUCUCCUUGUCGGCACGCCAGGCCGGCUGAAGGACAUCCUCUCAGACGAGUACUCCGGGGUCCAAGCGCCGAAGCUCAGUGCUAUGGUGCUUGAUGAAGCAGACAGGCUUCUCGAUGAUGGCUUCUGGCCUGAGAUUAAGGAGAUUCAGCGGUAUUUGCCAGACCAGAAGGAGCGAGAGCGACAGACCUUGAUGUUCUCAGCUACGGUACCCCGGGAAGUUGUCCAGCUUGUGCGCCAAACCCUGAAACCUGGAUUCCACUUCGUCAAGUGCGUGCGUGACGAUGAAGAACCGACCCACACUAGAGUGCCGCAGAAGGUCGUCCUUACUGGAGGUCUUGAGAACCGUUUCCCUACUCUGUACGAACUCAUGAAGCGCGAGGUAGAGGCUGCCGCCAAGCCGGGUGCUCGUCCCUUCAAGGCCAUCGUAUACUUUAACUCUACUGCCGACGUUGAAUUGGCGCACUCGAUAUUCAGAACCCUCCAAGGGUCUGCCCGCCGAGGGCCUCUGUACCCUGCCCAGAUCUUCGAGAUUCAUGGCAAGCUCUCCCAGCAGCAGCGUACGCGCUCGUCGGACCGCUUCCGUGAAUCCACGUCUGGCAUUUUGCUCUCGUCGGACGUCACCGCACGUGGUAUGGACUUCCCGAACGUCACGCAUGUCAUACAGGUCGGGCUACCGACAUCACGCGAUACCUACGUCCACCGUAUCGGACGCACAGCCCGUGCUGGGAAGGAGGGCGAAGGCUGGCUCAUCCUGUCCGAAAUCGACCGACGAGAACUCCGCUCAAGGCUCAGGGACCUACCUCUGAACGAAGACACCUCACUCCAGACCGCCAAAGUGGACAUGACCGAGGAAGGACAGAUCCCGGAGAGCGUCGCUCAAAUCUUGGAGGAUGUUGGUAACGCGUUCCGCGACGCCGACCCGGCCGAAUUGGCUAAUGCCUACCGCGCCUACAUCGGUACUUACGGCUGGUACCCUGACAAGCAGCGCAUGGUGGACGCUAUCAACGACCUGGCGAAGUUUGGAUGGGGCCUCGAGCGGACUCCGAAACUCUCGUCAGGGACUGCUCACAAGUUGGGCUUGUCGCGUGUGAAGGGCUUGAACCUUGGUAGUGACCCAGCAGGUGGAUUUAAUGAUCGGGACAGGAGUUCGGACCUGAGUGGCCGCUCAUCGAGGUUCGACCGAGGGGACAGAGGGUCCAGUGGCGGUCGCUCCUUUGACCGCAGCUCUAGCGGUGGUGGGAGAUCAUUUGAUCGCGGCUCCGGUGAUAGUGGGCGCUCUUUUGAUCGCGGAUCUGGCGGCAGGGAUCGCUUCUCGAAGCCAGCUGGUCAUUCGAGAGGAGGUGUAAGAGGUGGAGGGUUCGGUAGGGACAGGAGUGAAGGUUCAUUCGGCCGUGGCGGAGACAGGGGCGGCUACUCGGGCAGGCUCUCGGAGUACUAG